AUGUAUUCUAUUACUAAAUUAAAUACACAAGAGGAAAUAUUGAACAUAUUAGAAAAAAUCAAGAAAUCUGAUGAACCAGAAGUAGCAGAGUGGGUUAAUGAUAAAUAUAAACUGUGGAUAUUGGCUGAACUUUCAUCUGCAUUUACUCAAAUAAAUGCUGAUAUUUGGAAUCAAACACCAAAUCAUACUAAUGUUAGUGAAUUGGCAUAUGCAAAUAUAAAUCAUGAUGUUUGA